AUGUCGCGCCCCGAGGAUACCCUCGCGGCCGACGUGCACUACAAUGACACCGAAGCACGAAAGUAUACGACGUCCUCCCGAAUCCAAAACAUCCAGGCGGCCAUGACGCGGCGCGCCCUGGAGCUGCUCGAACUCACCUCCCCGUCCCUGAUACUCGACGUCGGCUGCGGCAGUGGGCUGUCGGGCGAGAUCCUGACGGCCGAGGACCCGGAGGACGGCGGGCCGCACACAUGGAUAGGCAUGGACGUGUCGCCAUCCAUGUUGGACGUGGCGCUGCAGCGCGACGUGGCGGGCGACCUGAUGCUGGCCGACAUCGGGCAGGGGGUGCCUUUCCGCGCGGGAACCUUUGACGCCGCCAUCAGCAUCAGCGCCAUUCAGUGGCUGUGCAACGCCGAGAGCAGCGACACGUCGCCGCUCGGUCGGCUGUCGAGGUUCUUCAACGGCCUGUACGCGAGCCUGCGCCGCGGCGGCAGGGCCGUCUGCCAGUUCUACCCAAAGAACGACACCCAGCGCGACAUGAUCGCCGGCGCCGCCAAGAAGGCCGGCUUCGCGGCCGGUCUGCUCGAGGACGACCCCGACACCAAGAACAAAAAGGUCUACCUGGUCCUGACCGUGGGAGGCAGCGCGCACGACGGCAGCGGCGGCGACAUCACCGACGUGGUCAAGGGGCUGGACAACGUCGACGUCCUGGACGUGUCGAGGAAGCCCAAGGCUGGGAGGGGCGAUAUGCGCAAGGGCGGUAAGGCUUGGAUCGUCAAGAAGAAGGAGCAAAUGGAGCGCAAGGGCAAGGUCGUCAAGGCGAGCUCGAAAUACACUGGCAGGAAACGAAGGCCGGCAUUCUGA